AGUGCUCGCUGAGUUUAAGUACAAUAUUCGUCUGUAAAGAAACCAGAAACUAUAACUUAUAGCGAAUGUAUAACUGGAGUAACUUUUCGACUUAAGUAAACACAGGUUUAGCAGUUGUAUAGCUGUUGUACUGUAAUGUACGACGUCCGAGAAGGAAAUGGUUGAAAUGACUGUAUUUCCUGUUUCUUGCCGUGGCACUUCCGAACACCAGUUAGCCUUGAGAGCAAGCUAACGCCCCACUUAUUAGCUAUCUAGUAGCUUUGUUCGCGUCUGAAGUGCACUAAUCACCAUAUGGCUCAGUAGUAUAUUUCCGCCGCAGGUACUUGACCGAGUGUACUGACUCAACCGAUGAGCCCGAUGUGUUUUCGACGGUGAGCCCUUCGAUGCACCGCCUCAGCUAAAAACACAGCUGCUAGCUUUAGCCGUCCAUGUGCGCGCCAGGCUGCGAUGAGAUGCAAACGGAGCCCGCGGCUGCUGGUCAACCGGCCGGAGAGGUUAAUAAUAAUGGUAACGCGGUAUAUCUGCUUUGUCCUCCUCCUUUAUCCCGCUGCAUACCAGCCCGGCGAGGCGUGUGCUCCCGCCGCGGCGGCGGCGGCGGCGGAGGAGGAGGAGGUGGGGACCAGCACCGACACCCUGAUACUGUGCAGGUCGUGCGGACACGAGCUGGCGGUCGGGGCUGACAUCCACUUUGUCCCCAGCCGUCUGGCACUCUCGGGCCGCAACGAGACGCUGGCCGGGGGCCGGAGGGUUAACGUCCAGCUUUUCGAAAACCCGCACGGACACCAGUUUGAGGUGAUUACGUUCAGAAAAGCGGACGUUACCCAGCACUGGCCGGCAGACAAACACUUCUCCUGGUUCCCGGGUUUCUCGUGGACGGUGGCCACCUGUCCGCGGUGUAAAACUCAUUUAGGUUGGGCCUUCCAGCCCAGCAACUGGCCAGACACGAUCACGAAAACCAAAUUCGAGGAGUCGGAGCACACCUUCCUGGCUUUAAUCACCCAUCGACUAUUAAGAGAAGACUUUGCUUCAAGCCUGCUAAUGACUCCAAAAUCCUUCAUGAGUUGAUGGACUUUUGACGGUACAAUUAACCCAGGUGCCUUUGCUGCUACCUAUUUUUUAAAAUAAAAUUUCUAUGCACCCCCGUGGUCUCAAGACUCCCACACGUGUAUACACAGUAAGUUUUAUUAUUGUAACAAAGCAAGUUGUACACCUCAAAUUUAAAACAGUUUCUUUUCCCCCCAGCGGAAAAGGAAAGGGUGAUUAAAUGUAAAUUCUAUGAGAUAACAGGUAUUUUUUUUUUUUUUUUACCCAUGAAG